AACAAAAACUGUAUUCUCCUUCGGUGCUUCUUCUUCCCCCCAUUGCCGCUUUUCCUCUCCGGCUCCGCCUCUCUUACCCCACGACCCGCACCAAUAAAUCUAGGGUUAGCAUCAGGAGAUUGAGCAGGUCCUUCUUCUCUCGUCCUUAAGCCUUACUUCAUCUCCUCCCCGUCCCCCGAUCGAAUCCACCUAGGGUUCGAAAUCGACUCGGGGGAGGAAGAUGCGUCGAUCAAAGUUUGAACUUGCAAUAUCCAUUGCUCGGCAACGCUCGCUCCAGAUCCUUCUCUUGAUUGCUUUCUUCUAUGCCUUCUUCAUCUUUUACGAGUUCCCAUUCGUCUCUCGACGUAUCUACCCUCCCUCCGGCGGUGCUGCCACCGCCGCGGUACUUGCCACGGAGGAGGAAACCGACUUGAACUACGCUCCUGUUCGUCCCUUCAAGGAAUCGCUCCGCCUUUCUCAAUCCGCUGCUCCCCGGCAUCAUCCUGAUAUUUCCCACCGACGCCGCUCUUCUUCAGUAGUCUCCGGUCUUAUAUUCAAUCCGCCUCCACAGCUCGUCGAUGGUAACUUCUCCGAGCUGCAUAAAUCGGCUAGGGAUGCUUGGGAGGUCGGUCGGAAGCUAUUUGAGGAGUUGAGGUCUAGAAUGGCUUCGGCUCCGUCGGAUGAGAACCGGACGGACGAGAAGUGUCUGCAUUCGAUUAUGAUUAAUGGGAAGGAUUUUAUGAAGGGCGGAAGAGUGAUGAUUCUGCCAUGCGGGCUCACGCUGGGAUCGCAUAUUACCCUGGUGGCGAAGCCGUACCGUGCGCAUGCGGAGCAUGACCCGAAGAUUUCGAUAUUGAAGGACGGGGAUGAAGCUGUGAUGGUAUCGCAGUUCAUGAUGGAGUUGCAGGGGUUGAAGACGGUGGAUGGGGAGGAUCCGCCGAGAAUUCUUCACUUUAAUCCGAGGUUGAAAGGGGAUUGGAGCGGGAGGCCCGUGAUCGAGCAGAAUACUUGCUAUCGCAUGCAGUGGGGAACUGCGCAAAGAUGUGAAGGGUGGAAGUCGAGAGCCGAUGAGGAGACUGUUGAUGGGCUGGUGAAAUGUGAAAAAUGGAUCCGGGAUGAUCACAACCAUUCUGAGGAGUCAAAGACGACUUGGUGGUUGAAUCGGUUGAUAGGUAGGAAGAAAAAGGUCUCUAUCGAGUGGCCAUAUCCCUUCGUAGAAGACAAGCUCUUUGUACUCACUCUUAGUGCUGGUCUCGAAGGUUACCAUGUCAAUGUCGAUGGGAGGCACGUGACCUCUUUCCCUUAUCGCACUAGUUUUGUGCUUGAGGAUGCGACUGGAUUGUCAGUUAAUGGAGAUCUGGAUGUCCAGUCCAUAUUUGCAGCAUCAUUACCCUCGUCACACCCUAGUUUUUCCCCACAGAGGAGCCUGGAAUUGCUGCCCGAGUGGCAGGCCCUGCCACUGCCCGAUGGGCCAGUUGAACUGUUUAUUGGCAUACUUUCUGCUGGCAAUCAUUUUGCAGAGCGCAUGGCUGUGAGGAAGUCAUGGAUGGAAUCAGUGAGGAAAUCACCAAAUAUUGUCGCUCGGUUUUUUGUUGCGCUGCAUGGAAGGAAGGAUGUGAAUUUGGAGCUGAAAAAAGAAUUAGAAUACUUUGGUGACAUUGUUAUUGUGCCUUAUGUUGAUAGUUACGAUCUUGUGGUCUUGAAAACUGUUGCAAUCUGUGAAUAUGGGUUUCGCGCCGUGAAGGCUAAGUACAUAAUGAAAUGUGAUGAUGAUACGUUUGUCCGAGUCAAGUUUGUGAUGAAGGAAAUCAAGAAAAUCCCAGUUAAUAAAAGCUUGUAUGUAGGAAAUAUCAACUACUAUCACAAGCCUUUACGGCAUGGGAAAUGGGCUGUUACAUAUGAGGAAUGGCCAGAAGAAGAUUAUCCUCCUUACGCAAACGGUCCUGGCUAUGUGGUAUCUUCAGACAUAGCUAAUUUCAUCGUAUCAGAAUUUGAGAAACAUAAAUUAAGGCUGUUCAAGAUGGAGGAUGUGAGCAUGGGCAUGUGGGUCGAGCAGUUCAACAGCUCGAGGCCAGUCGAGUAUGUUCACAGUGACAAGUUUUGCCAAUUUGGGUGCAUCGAUGGCUACUUCACUGCUCACUACCAAUCUCCUCGACAAAUGAUGUGCAUGUGGAGCAAGCUUCAAGCAGGAAGGCCUCACUGCUGCAAUAUGUGAUAGUUUUUGUCAGAAAAAAAUGGAUAAAAUUAACUUUGCAGUUCCAGAAUUGGUAUACAAAUUGCAUCUAAGGCUUCGUUUGGGAUGGUUUUUUUUACUACUUCUUAAAGCAAGUUUUAAGUACAAAAAAUUUAACUUUUGUACUAAAAAAUUGUUUUAAGAAGCAGAAAGAAAGCCGUCCAAAAUGUGAUGUUCCCAGAUUCGUUCAUUAUUUCCUUUUCCCUUUCUUACUAGAUGCUUCAGCGUAGGGAUGUAAAUAAAAAGAAAAGAGUUAAGAAAAUAUAGAAGCAGCUCUUUCAGCUGUUUCAUACACGUUUAUUUAUGGCAGUUGCAGGCUUAACUGAGGAAUUUUAGGUUAAGAAGAAUGACUAUGGCUCCUCCCUCUUCUAGUUUUCUACCAUUGUAAAUUUUGAGAUGGGUUGGAUUGCCUUGUAUGGUUUUUUUGUUAUAUUUGUUCUUUACUUUUGAAAUUUAGAUGGUAAGGAUACAGGCCUUGAUCUCUGUAGCUUCUGACAACAUUCAUUUUCUUGCAUUUCUAUGAUAUUUGUUGUCAUC